AUGUGUCACUCGCUCGUGUUGCAGCAGCGGCCGAUACAGCAGACUGUGUGCGGGGCACUGCAGAGGGAGACCAACUGGAAGUGCCUUAUCCUCACCCUGCUCAUGUGUCACUCGCUCGUGUUGCAGCAGCGGCCGAUACAGCAGACUGUGUGCGGGGCACUGCAGAGGGAGACCAACUGGAAGUGCCUUAUCCUCACCCUGCUCAUGUGUCACUCGCUCGUGUUGCAGCAGCGGCCGAUACAGCAGACUGUGUGCGGGGCACUGCAGAGGGAGACCAACUGGAAGUGCCUUAUCCUCACCCUGCUCAUGUGUCACUCGCUCGUGUUGCAGCAGCGGCCGAUACAGCAGACUGUGUGCGGGGCACUGCAGAGGGAGACCAACUGGAAGUGCCUUAUCCUCACCCUGCUCAUGUGUCACUCGCUCGUGUUGCAGCAGCGGCCGAUACAGCAGACUGUGUGCGGGGCACUGCAGAGGGAGACCAACUGGAAGUGCCUUAUCCUCACCCUGCUCAUCUACGGCUGCUUGGGCGCCGUCGCUUGGUGCCGUGUGGCCGAGGUGACCAAGGUGGUGAUCAACUUCUCGCUGUACCCCAUCAAGUCGACGCGCCAGAUGUCGCCGUGCGACGACGGCUACGUCUACAUCCCGGUGGCCUUCAUGCUGAUGCUGUACCUGGUGUACCUGGUGGAGUGCUGGCACUGCACCGCGCGCAUCGAGCUGGGCUACCGCGUGGACGCGCGCUCCGUGCUGGAGAAGGUGCGCCAGAUGCGCGAGGCGCUGCCCAUCGUGUGGUGGAAGGCGGUGUGCUACCACUACGUGCGGCGCAAGCGCCAGGUGACGCGCUACCGCAACGGGGACGCCUACACCACCACCCAGGUGUACUACGAGCGGGUCAACUCGCACGCCGCCGGGUCCUGCUUCGUGUUCGCCUGCUGCGGCGUCAAGGACGUCUCCCGGGAGCUGGCCCUCGACCUCAAGGGCCCCAUCACCAAGAUACGCUUCAGCAAGGGGUUCGCCUUCUCGAACCUGGAGGCCGCGGCGGAGUUCGAGGACCAGCGCGCCAGGUUCUUCUCGGAGCACGAGCGCUACGACGACUACAUGGAGAUGCGCGAGGGCCUCGACCUGUCCAACGUGUGCCACUUCAAGGAGUACGUGGUGGCGUACAGCGACCCCGACCGCCUGCCCUGGUACUCGCGGCAGGCCGUGUUCUGGGCCUGCAGCCUGCUGCUGCUCUCCUGGCCGCUGCGCAUGGUCAUCGAGUGCAACACCUCCUACGUGCACUACCAGGUGACGAAGCUGUUCGGCGUGAACUACGACGCCUCGUCGCCCCGCACCCCGGACGCCGCGACGACGACGGCCACGGCUCCCGCCCAGACGAACUGCGACUCGUCGCGCGGCGAGCUGUCGCACGACAGCACCAUAGACAGCGGCGACCUGGAGGCCUGCAUCCGCGACGACAACCACGCCGUCGCGCCCAGCUACUCCGAGUCGCUGCUGAUGGAGGCGGCGCGCUGGCCCGGGGAUACCGACGGCAACGCCAACCUUCCGUCGGCGGAGUCUUCGUACAGCGUGCGUGCGGCGGCGGCGGGGGCGGGGGCCAGGCGCUCCUGGGGCGGGUCCUCCUCGUCGCGCGUGUCGGCGCAGGGCGCCCGACUGGUGUUCCUGCCCGGCCCGCUGGCGGACAGCUCUCCCCGGGACCCCUUGCGGGGUCGCGGAGCCACCACCCCCGCCGACGAUCCGCCCGCCUACGAGGACGCCCUGCGUCUCCCGGCGCUGACCCGCCUGCGCCGCUCGCUGACGGCCCGCGGAGACAUCUGCCGGCGGGAGUCCGCCGACACCACCGAGGUGGUGGUCGUGUCUGACCCGGAGCGCGUGAGGCUGCAGCCCAGGUCCGGCCGCCUCUGCAGACAGCUCGUCACCAUGGAGACCAGCUUAUAGCAGAGCUGGCCCGCUGCUUCCCCUGGACAGCUGCCCCCCCUCCACUUGCCUCCGAUGCUCGCAGUUACAUUUCAAAAAAGGACAGCUGCCCCAGGCCGGGCUGUGUUGACCCCGCGUCUGGUCUCCGCUCCGAGGAACCUCCGCCUAUUGCUCCCCGUUGCAACAACGUUCCUUUUCAAAUUGGCAAAAUUCUAGUUUACAGGCUUCUGCCAAAAAGAAAAAAAAACUCAAGACAUUCUAGAUCUUCCUUCUGGGGUUGUUUUUUUUUACGACAGAAAACUAAUUUUUUAUUGCAAUAAAUGUUCGCAGGCUUUCGCGGGCCAUUUUGUCUUGAAGUAGCUUGGCUUUCUGGGUUGUUGUAGCCGCGUUCUUUGGCGGAAUGAUUCACCGCGGCGUUUCGGUUCGAGAAUGCAGUCGCCGUCAUAUCGGGCGAUUUCGACCGAAACGUCGGCGAAUCAUUCGCCAAGGACGCGGUUACAAUCCCAGAAGCCGAGCUACUGAUUUUAUUGCAGUUCGAUCGUUUAAAAAAAAUUUAUUGAUGUCAAUAUAUAUCAUUAUCGCCAAGUUGUGUGUGAGUUUUUGUGUUCUGGUACUACGUUAUAAAUAAUGAAGAUAGUUUCGUAUUUAAACUAACGGGUGUUUUUUUUUUUUUUUUCGUGUGUGCAACAGUACAGACAGGUUAAUGUUGGUAGCUUGUUAAGUAAUGCGGGUGCCACGGUGCAUGUGUGUUACUGUACUUUCAAACAGCUUGCUUCAGCAAUGACAGGGACUGUACAUUCGAAGGAAUGUGGCAGGUAUCCAGUGAUGUGGGGUAAAGGCCAUCAAAAAAACGAGAAAAAUAUUUAUUUGAAAAUUGCAGCAAGUAUCAUUGUUAGCUCACUUGAUACCUGUUGAUACAGUUGCAAUCGCGAACACCCAUUAGAUUAUGUACGAAACUGUUUUCAUUAUUAAAAUACCAGACUUCACACAAGUAGUGCUGAUGAUAAGCUGACAUGAAUCCACCAUUUCACAUAUAAAUGUUUUGCAAAUCAUUACAAUGUAACAAUCUCCUGUCACUAAAUUAACACCACAAAGUAAUUAGAACCAAAAAGAAUACUUUUUUUAAUAAGUCUCUAAACUAGAAUGCUACCUCACUAAAAGCCACCACAAUUUUCGCUAUGGCCAUGUUAAAGAAGUAGGUAUAUGAUCUCAAAAAUGGUACUGCAGCAGUUUUUUGGGCUUUACUUUCGGGGUGUUUCCAUAGAGCCGUCAAUAUUGUUAACAGGAACAUUCGGAAUGAGACACAAUGCAUUAGUGACUUAUUAAU